AAGCCUUCUUUUCUCUAUUUAAGCGCGCCAACAAAGACUAUCACAGGAGGUCCAUCUGUACUUCACUCACUACACAGCAGACCGCCUCUUUUGUCUCCCUCCAUCGUCUCUACUAUCGUUCAGAAAUAAUGCCAGAGGAAACGUCUGCCGCGUCAAGCUCCGGGAGUGCAGAGGAGAAGCCGUGCUCAUCAACAGCAGCUGCUGCAGCAGACAGCUCAGUUGACGUAAUGGAGGAGGCAAAGAAAUUGAUUGGCACAGGGAACAAACACCUAGUGAUGGGAGAUGUUGUUUCUGCUGUCAAUGUCUUCCAGGACGCCUGCAGCAUGCUGGCUGCAAAGUACGGGGACACUGCAGAUGAGUGUGGCGAGGCCUUCUUCCUGUGUGGGAAGUCCUUACUGGAGCUUGCCAGGAUGGAGAACAGUGUCCUUGGUAAUGCCCUGGAGGGAGUCCCAGAAGAAUCUGAGGAAGAGGAGCAGCCUCACAACUCCAAUAUUGAGAGUGCCAACAGUCUUGAUGAAAAAACUAGAGAUGAGCUACGAAAACAGGUGUAUGAUGCUAUGGCAGAGGAGGAAAAGCUGGAGUCUGUGGAUGGAAAGAGAAGCACUGAGGAGAAAGAGGAAAAUGGUGUGGCAAAGUCCCCAGUCAAACAGGAUCUGAGUGGAUCAGAGAAACCCUCAAGUUCCUCUUUGAAUGGGAAAGAAGAGGGUUCAGUCCAGGAAGCUAAAGUGAAUGGAGUUGAGAAUAGCCCAGCUGCUCCUGUGAACGGUGCCGGGGAAAGUCCGACUGCGUGUUCUGGAAAAGAAACUCUGGGAAAGGAGGUAGAUUCAAAAGAGCAGAAUGGUGAGAAGACGGAGGCUGAAGAAGAUAAGGAAUCAGAGGGCAGUACAUCUUCAGAUACAGAGCACAGUUUGUGUGGAUUGGUGGAGCACAGGUUUGCAGAUGAUGAGGAUGAAGACGACGACGAUGAUGACGAUGAGGAUGGAGAAAGAAAUGGGGAGGAUAAGGAAGAGGAAGUUGGGAAUUUGCAGCUGGCGUGGGAGAUGCUGGAGGUCGCUAAAGUCAUCUACAAAAGAAAGGAAAGCAAAGAUGACCAGCUGAUGGCAGCUCAGACAUAUCUGAAGCUUGGAGAAGUCAGUGCCGAGUCAGGAAACUAUCCCCAGGCACUAGAAGACUUCCAAGAGUGUCUUGCCCUGCAGCUGAAGCACCUGCCUUCCCACAGUCGUCUGCUGGCUGAGACCCACUAUCACGUCGCCACCACACUGUGCUACAUGGAUCAGUACAGCCAGGCCAUCCAGCACUACAACAGCUCCAUAAAAGUCAUCGAGAUCCGUCUGGCCAUGUUGCAGGAGGUGAUAGCUGCUGCAGAGGGAGCAGACGGAGCAGCAGAAGAGAAGAAUGAAAUGGAGGAGCUGAAGCAGCUUUUGCCUGACAUUAGGGAAAAAGUGGAGGAUGCCAAGGAAAGCCAGAAAACAGCCAGCGCUGCCUCCCAGGCCAUCCAGCAGACACUAGGCGGAGCCUCAACCUCAUCAGCAUUCCUGUGUGAAAAUGGGGGCCCCUCAUCUUCAGCUUUUGCAGCAGCCAGCCAGAUCCCAGUUUCGUCCUCUGACAGCGCCUCAUCUUCCAAAGCAGCCUCAGACAUCUCCCACCUCGUCAGGAAAAAGAGGAAACCAGAGGAGGAGAGCCCAGUAAAGGACACUGAUGCUAAACAAGCGAAACAGGAAGCCACAGUUAAUGGCAGCGAUGACUCGAGUGCCAGCAACGGCAAUGGAGUCCAGGAGGGAAAAUCACAGGAGCCUGCCAACCAGUCGUCUACCGUUGAGUCUUCAGCGUGACUGUCCUCGUCUCUUUCCUGAUCUACGAAGCCAGCACAGCAUGCCUGUCCAGCCCCUCCACCUUCAACACUUUUGUUUCUGUAAAUAAGAUCCACUUUGAUAGAUUUGUCUGUCCAGUUUUGUAUACUUGUAGUAAAAAAAGAAUAAAAACAAAUUUGCAGAUGUAA